AUUUGCCUUUAGAAUGCACAAACCAAAAAUUAUGCUACACUUAUAAGUGUCUGUGAAACUGUGUUAAUGUGUAACAGUAAGUCAGUAACAGAGUCUCCCUCUUCAUUGGAUAGAGCGAAGCAGCAGAAGCGGAAGCAAUGGACAUAUCAUUUCCCGCCGCCUUCAAAUCCCUCAACUUACCACCAUCUAACGCUUUUCAUUUUCGUUCCAAACUUUCUCUUUUUCGUCAAACUAUCAAUUUGCUUCACUUCAAACCCUCCAUUUCUUCUUCUUCUUCUUCUCAUCGCCGCUUUCCCCUUUCCUUCUCCUCUCUCACCAAUGGUUCUGCUACGGCUACUGCUGCUGCUGAGAUAAGCCAGGAAGGUACUUUGCCUCAUGGUGUUGGAGAGGGAGUUAAUGAAGCUGCACAUCCUAAGAUUCUUCAGGUUGUGCUCGUUUCCCCUCAGAUUCCAGGAAACACCGGCUGCAUUGCUAGAACAUGUGCAGCAUCAGCUGUUGGACUACACUUAGUUGGGCCAUUGGGAUAUAAGGUGGAUGAUACUAAACUAAAGCGAGCUGGAUUGGACUACUGGCCGUACGUGGUUGUUAAAAUUCACGAUUCUUGGGAAGGUUUUCGUGAUUAUUUUUUGCAACAGGAGGGUGAAAAGCGAUUGCUAGCAUUUACAAAAAGAGGAACAAAAAUUCAUUCUGAUUUUUCCUACAGAAAAGGCGAUUAUCUAUUAUUCGGUGCUGAAACGACUGGUCUUCCGCCUGAAGCUUUGUUAGACUGCAAAACUCAACCGUUUGGCGGUGGGACUAUUAAGAUCCCGAUGGUUGAAACAUACGUUAGGUGUUUGAAUCUAUCGGUAAGUGUUGGCAUAGCUUUGUAUGAAGCUUCUAGGCAAUUAAACUAUGAAUCACUUCAGAUACCUUCAGAAUCAUGUGUUGAUACUGAGGAGGAAUCAUUCAUUACUGAAGACAUUUUUGGAUGAUCAUUAUAUAAUUUAUUUUAUUUCAGUACAGAGAAUAUUCCUGUGUUUUUUUCUUAAUUGAUUAUGCUUAAUUGAA